AUGGAGUCAAUAUUUGAAUCAGAUUCUUAUCUGUUAGAUCCAUCAUCAUCCCAAUAUGACUCUGAGUCAUUCUUAUCUUUCUCAUCGUUUUCCGACUUAACCUGGAACGAUUUUUCUGUGGAUAUCAAACGACCCCCUGCUCGAUCCGUCUCAGAUACACCUUCACCUACAAUCUCCGAACCUUUCGAAAUAAUAUCUGCAGUCUUCCCUCCAACACCAGCCGAAACUUCUGAUUACGGGAUAUUCCAUACUCCCACAAAAUAUUCCAACGUUGGUGAAGAGCAACCUGGUUUCUUCAGUCAUCAAUCUUCCGGAUCAACAGAUUCUUGGGGAGAACCAAUAACACCAUCUUUAUCAGGAAAAUCCUUUGCUGCUUUGAGUAGUAACAACACUUUUACACCAUCGCAAUCUACAACGGGUUUUGCUUGGGACGAAGCUACUCCCUCAUUCAGUGGUUCAUCUUUCACUCCUCCUACUCCUUCAUAUCAAGCUCACCCUCACCGAGUUACUUCCAACCCCGUCAUCGGAUCCUCUUCACGGAAGCCGCGAGCUUUGAACAAGCCUACUUCAAUGCCUGUACUGAAAGAAGAAGAGACUACUACCCAAUGGGUAGAUGGUAUAAACAUCCUCGAUGCUCCGUUACAACUUCCGGAUGUCCCUUUGGAAGCAUCAUUGGACGAUGAUAACCUUUUGGAAGGGUUCGAUUGGUCAUUCAAUCCUCAAGACCUAAGUUCGUUUUCAACGGAUGGUACCAUCUUUGCGGCUUUCAAUGAACCGACUGAUCCCAUCCCAAUGAUGCACUCCCAUUCUCACACUGGUGUAUUCCCUACACAAACAUUCGACCAAACGCACUUCCCCUCCGCAUCCACAGAUUACCCAUCAUGGAUGCCCGAGUAUCCUACGUCGCAGGACGUCGCUGGACUCGGUGACUUCAAUAUACAGUCACAACCUUUCGGAUUACUACCUGCGUUUACCAUCGAUCCUAUGGCAAUCAUGUCAACAAAUGGUGUCGAUGAAGAUUCAAGUAGGCCUUCGUCUGCUCCGGGCUUGAACGGCGGAGAAGGAUCGAAGGAAAUGUUGAGCGUUCCUACAGCGGAUGUCAUGAUGAGGAGUCUCUCCUCUGAAGGAUUUGUUCCGUCUAGAUACGCUCCUCCCCGAGAUCUUUUCUCCUAUGCUCCUCAGCAAAUCCCAACGGGCCCACCCGGACCUCAGCCGCUAUACACAUCCGACCCCUCGCCAUCUUACCACACGUCCUCCUCUUUUCAACGAGUCAUGCCUCCUACUCCUUCUCACGCCCCCAUACAAUCUAAACGAGCUGCCAACAAUCUCUCAAUUAAGAUACAUCCUCCUGCUCAAUCCACUUUUAUCCCUUCACCCUUCCCUCCUACACCUCAAUCCGCCACGUUCCCCAUUUCUCUAUCUGCUGCUCAAGCUCAACAACCCAUAGCGAUGCAAAGAGCCGGAACUCAACCACUUCCUCAAACACGGAAAUUGUCAGGUUCUAGUCAGGCCGGUAGUAUACCAGCCCAUCUUGCUCGAGCUCAAGCAAUUGUUCAGCAACAGCAAGCACGAGAUCAGGCUGAGCGCGAUUCCAUUCGACGGGAAGCAGCUUCUAGAAGAGUCGGAAUGGCAAAUGCUUCAGUGAUGCAACCUACCGCAAACAUACCAAGAAGAAAUCAACCUACCAUCAUGGGCUGGGAGGGACCCUCAGCACCAGCAGCAUCUUUUCCGGUACUUACCCAUGCGCCAUUAGUGACUGUCCACCCACCCGCUCAAUACAUGGUCACUGGAGUUCCUAUUCCUGUGCAUCGGGUUCACCCUCCUCCUCAUCCAGGAAAUGCGGCUCCUGCUAUGCAAGCUAGGCCUAUUGCCCGACUACCUUCUUCUCCUGUCAGAGCACGAAAGGCUUCCAACAAUCAACUUACUCCCACUCGAACCACGCCAAAGGCACGAUCACCUUCCUCAAAGAGAAAACCAUCAUCAUCAGGCUUCAAUGACCCCUUCAUCAACUUCACUGCCGAUGAUGCCGAAAAGUUGUUGACCGGUGUCGCUCCUAGUGGAAGUCAAAGUAAGAGAAAGAGAGAGGAAGAAGCUGCUGCUGCUAAAGCCAUCACCGUCAGUGAUGAUGAUGCGAGAAGUAAGCGAUCGAGAAGUGAUGAGUAG